CGCCGGCUGCGGGAGGCCUCGGAGACCGGGGCUAGGGGCCCGGCCGUGUGAAGCCGCUCGUCAGUCGGCCGGCGCCUCUUCUGCGGAGGAGCAGCAGCAGUCGGAGGGAUUUUAGAAAUGGCUACUCCCCAGUCAGUUUUCGUCUUUGCGAUCUGCAUUUUAAUGAUAACGGAAUUAAUUUUGGCGUCAAAAAGUUACUAUGAUAUCUUAGGUGUGCCAAAAUCAGCAUCAGAGCGCCAAAUCAAGAAAGCUUUCCACAAGUUGGCCAUGAAGUACCAUCCCGACAAAAAUAAGAGCCCUGAUGCUGAAGCAAAAUUCAGAGAGAUUGCAGAAGCAUAUGAAACACUCUCAGAUGCUAAUAGGCGAAAAGAGUAUGAUACACUUGGACACAGUGCUUUUACUAAUGGUAAAGGACAAAGAGGUAACGGAAGUCCUUUUGAGCAAUCAUUUAACUUCAAUUUUGAUGACUUAUUUAAAGACUUUGGGUUUUUUGGUCAAAACCAAAACACUCGGUCCAAGAAGCAUUUUGAGAAUCACUUCCAGACACGCCAGGAUGGUUCCAGUAGACAAAGACAUCAUUUCCAGGAGUUUUCUUUUGGAGGUGGACUGUUUGAUGACAUGUUUGAAGAUAUGGAGAAAAUGUUUUCUUUUAGUGGUUUUGACACCACCAAUCGGCAUACAGUACAGACUGAAAAUAGAUUCCACGGAUCUAGCAAGCACUGCAGGACUGUGACUCAACGAAGAGGAAAUAUGGUUACUACAUACACUGACUGUUCAGGACAGUAGUUCACUAUUUUUCUGUUCUCACUAAAGCCAACUAGUUGACUUUUCUUUAAUACCCUUUGAUGCGAAACAGUUUUCUGUGAACUAUUUUGACAAGUGCAUGAUUUCACUUAACAUGAUAUAGAUAUUAAAUGUAUUUAAAUGUUUUUGACAAAUUCAGCAACACUCAGUAGAAAAUAGCUAAUUAUUAAUUUCCCUGAUAGGAAAGAUUCUUUAAAAAAGAUACUAUAAUUCUGCCUGGUCUUUUUUCUCUACUUGCCCUCGGGCUUACUUGCGUGGCCAGUUUUAUUACCAAGAAAAGAUGGAGUUUGCCUGAUAUAUAUUUAAAGGUUAAACUUUGAAACUUAUUGUAGAUUUAAAUUGUGUGAACUUGAAUGGUUUUUGCAGUGAAACCUUUGCUAACUUAAAAUUGCAUGCUCUGCAGCAUCUCUGAUUUGGGUUGCUAAAUGUACACGAAACUGUAAUUGAGUCAUUCAGCAAAGGAUAGCAGUAUCUUUCCACUGAAAACUUCAGAAAGUAAAUAGAUUAAUAUUUACCACAGAACCGUACCUUUCUGCAGUAAAAUUGGAGUAAGUGAAAUGAUCAUAUUGCUCAUAGCCAUUUGGCUGAAAGAAAGUUGAAAACUUUUGAAAUAUUACCAAGAGCUUGUUACAUGCUUGGUCCCUGGCUAAUGAUUUUGUAGUGUUGAAAUCAUAGCUAAUUUAUAUAUCAUUUCACAUUUCUUUCUUUGUUGUUGGCGCUCUAAGUCUUAUAUGGAUUUAUGUAUUUUGUGUGUGUGUGUGGUUCCUCUUCUUUGCACUCAUCUUUAUCUAGAGAUUGACUAAUACCUCAUUCUGUUUGUAAAAACAGCCAGUAAUUUCUGUGCAACCUUAUUAUGUGCAAUAUUUUUAAAUCCUAAGAAAUGUGUGCUUUUGUUUUCAUAUAGACUUAUUUCUUUAGUUCAGCACUUUUUGCAUUAUACUCCAUAUGAGUAUUAAUCCUAUGGAUACAUAUUAAAACUAGUAAAUGUCUCAUACAACAUUGUGUGUGAGUGAGAGAAAUAUAAUAUUUACAAUAUGAUGUUCUCGGUUUUCAUUUUAUUGUUAAAAGUUUAUUCUAUAAUUCUAGAGCUAUGGAGGGUAUAUAAACAAUGGGGCUGCUUAUGCUGACCAUAGACCAUAUUCCAGAAGUUACUUUUAACUAACCUGAAAACCCUGAUACAGCCUUGUUUGUUUGACAUUUGGUAAUUUCUCGUACUUUCUUAUCAUCCUCCUUUCCUCACAAAUUUUGGUAGCUUAAAGAUUUUGUUAAUUAUAAUUUUGUUGUAUUUGCUUGCUAGGAGCAAGUAUUCUUUCCUCUUUUAGGCCUCAUUGGGGAAAAGGUGAGACAUUGCAUAAAGCUAUAUUUGUUGAUUAUAAUCUUUAAUUUGAAAACUCUGAAGGAGAUGAAAUUAUUAAAUCUAUGUAUCUAAAUUAUUUUCUGGAAGGUCUACUUACUGCUUUUGUUUGAUAACCUGAAAAUAGCCAUACCUUGAAUUUUGGUCUAAGGAUCAUCUGUAUCCUAUCAAUAGAAUGAAUGAGGCAAGAAAAAAUAUUUUUCAAGUCAGGAUUAACUUUAUAUUAUUAGCAUCUGUCCCCCUUUUCUUUAGGGCCUGAUUAUUCCUUGUUUUUCUCAUUCUGAACAUGUAUUUGAACCCCCUUCUCUUCCUCUUCCUCUUUCUUUUUCUGUUUCUCUCUCUUUUUAAAAAAAUCCCCCUUUUGAGUCUUUUGCAUAAUUUUUGCAAGGAAAAAAUGGACCCUGAGUCAUUACGCACUUAAGGUACAAACUAAAUAUCAAAAAGAUACGUAGGUAAUCUAAGGGUAUCUGUGGUGUGUGUACUUUUGUGGCUUGAUGGAUAAGAUACUGGAAAUUAGACCAGUAAUCAACAUAGAAGUUUCCUCCGUAACUUAUACUUCUUCUUCUGUACUUUAAAAAUGACCAAUGCAAUAGCUUAAUCUAUACUCCCUACAUAAAUCAACUCAUGAAAUCUGUCAGUCUCUUUUUUGCUUCUAGGCAAAACAGUAAUAUAUAUAUAUAUAUUUAUAUAUAUAAAACAUGACUUUUAGUCUUUGUCUUGAAUACAUUUCUGUAAUUCUUCAAGUUUUUUGGAUUGAAUAUGUCUUGAAUUGGAUGCUAUAGGGCAUAUAGUAGACAUGAGAUUUUUUUGGUGCUCUAGAAUUGGUAUAAUUAACUCCUGAUUUGAUGGUUGAUUUAGACAAUUUUUGUGCUGUGAAUUUCAGUUUCAAUUCUGAGAUUAGUUCUGUGAAAAUUCAGGUUGCCCAAGGACAACUAAAAAUGUGUACAUUCCUGGAGUUGUUAACUUUAAUUUUCUGAAAUGGAAGUUUGUUUAGCAAUUAAAAGAACACACUGGGGGAAAAAGAGACCAUUGCCAAACAGAAUAAAGAAGAUACUGGUACCACUA